AUGCUGUGCGCCCUGCCAGGCCUUAGACUACGUACCAGGGACGUUGGCACGCUAGGUGGACGAGGCCGCCAGGCCGCCUCACCAUCGAGCCCAGCGAGCAGCCUGGUGAUCAGAGGUGCAGGAGCUCGACUGUGGAGCCUGGUAGGGCUGAAGUGGUGGCUGGACGACGGCCGCACCAAGAGGACAGAGUCAGAGUGCAGCCUCACGACCAGGAUGGGUUCCUGCGAACACGGCUGUGCGAGGACAUUCAAGCUGCAAAUUGGUGCAGUCAGUCAUGGCUGGUUGUUUGGCCGCGAACGGGUAACCAGAGAAUCUACCGAACGGGUGGAAAUUGCCGAACGUUCGGGCCGCAAACGGGACACUGCCGAAUGUUCGGGCCGCUUACAGGUAUGCAUGUUAUCUCCUAAUUGGCCCGCUCACUCAGGACAGCCAAAGAUGCCUCUGGUUCAGAUAAAAUGGUGA